CAGCGCCUGCACCCCCAACCUUUGACUGCUUGUUUUUCUUCCUUUCAUCCCUUCCAUCCCCGGUGUUUAAUAGAAGGUCUCCUCCUCUCUCACGGGGCUCUCCUGAACCCUGUACAGAAAGGCCUUAUAGAAACUGUGUGCUGUCACAGUGAAACAGACAGUGCCGCAAAGACAAAAUAGCUAAUAGAUCCUGAACAGAUUCCACAGAUUGCCUAGUUUGAUAUAAGUGACUAUUUUUGGUGACCCACCCCUUUUGCAUUUUUCUAUGAGUGUGAUUGGAGGAUAGUCUGAUUGAGAAUUAAAAAAAAAAUUUCUUUAUAGUAUCUCUGUUGUGGUCUAAGGUUUAUUUAAUUUAAUUUUUAUUUUGGAGAAAUGUCUGAAAGCAGUAACAAAGUGGUGAAAUUCAUUGCCCCGGCCGCUCCUCCGCCCUCUACCUCCCCCUGUCAGUCACCCCAGACCCCUCUCAAGAAUGUGAAUGGCUCUGCUAGUUCAGACUCGCACGUAGUCGAGAAGCUCGGUGGACACCUGGAGGUGGAACGCCGGCGACGCCACACAAUGGACAGAGAUUCUAAAACGGCCGAGCACCGGUUCUUCCGCCGCAGUGUGAUUUGUGACUCUAAUGUAACGGCGUUGGAUCUGCCCAGCAAGGCAGCUGUGAUACUCACCUCACCUCCAGAUUGUGAGGGCCCUUUCAACCUAUUCUCUCAGCAGCCCUCAGGGCCUAGACUUGGGGUACAAGAUGCUGACAAUCUGGAGGAGACUAGAGGCCCCUAUUUUCAAAGUACAACCUUUGAGCCUGGUCUUGGUGGGGGAGUUACAGAAGACCAGAUAAAAGACAGUGAGACAGAUGCAGGUGUGGGUAGUAUCGCAGUCCCCUUAAGUAUUAGUGUUGAACCUGGUGGAGCAGGAGCAGGAUCCGCGCAGAGCCUGACAGUAUUGGAUGUUACUAGUAAAACAGACGGUGCACAAUCUGACAUCACGUUAGAGUCGAGGGGACUGGAGGGUGCACAUCAAGUGGCAAAAGAGAAAGCUACCCGUGCAGAUGAGGGUAUUGCCAGUAGUCCAACGGAGGAAGAGAGGGGACUAGCAAAAGCACGUGCAGAGCAGAGGGAGGCCGAGAAACGGGUUCAAGAGGAUAUAGAAGAGGUGGAGACGAAAGCAGUGGGGACAUCACCUGAUGGUCGCUUCCUAAAAUUUGACAUAGAGAUCGGAAGAGGGUCCUUUAAGACGGUGUACAAGGGACUGGAUACGGAGACGACGGUGGAAGUGGCGUGGUGUGAGCUACAGGAUCGGAAGCUGUCCAAGGUGGAGCGUCAGCGCUUCAAAGAGGAGGCUGGGAUGUUAAAGGGCCUCCAGCAUCCUAACAUCGUGCGCUUCUACGACUCCUGGGAAGGACCGUGCAAAGGAAAGAAAUGUAUUGUGCUCGUGACCGAACUCAUGACUUCAGGAACGCUAAAAACGUACCUGAAGCGCUUCAAGGUGAUGAAAAUCAAGGUUCUCCGUUCUUGGUGUAGACAAAUCCUCAAAGGCCUGCACUUCCUGCACACCCGAGCCCCACCCAUUAUUCACAGAGACCUGAAAUGCGACAACAUCUUCAUCACGGGCCCCACAGGGUCGGUGAAGAUUGGGGACCUGGGGUUGGCCACGCUGAAGAGGGCCUCGUUUGCCAAAAGUGUUAUAGGUACCCCUGAGUUUAUGGCUCCAGAGAUGUAUGAGGAGAAGUAUGAUGAAUCUGUAGAUGUCUACGCCUUUGGGAUGUGUAUGUUGGAGAUGGCUACGUCAGAAUAUCCCUACUCUGAAUGUCAAAAUGCUGCCCAGAUCUACAAACGAGUGACGAGUGGCGUGAAGCCUGGCAGCUUUGACAAGGUAGCCAUUCCCGAAGUCAAGGAAAUUAUUGACGGCUGCAUCAGAACCAACAAGGACGAGAGGUACGCUAUCAAGAUCCUGUUGAACCAUGCCUUCUUCCAGGAGGACACGGGGGUCAGGGUCGAACUCGCGGAAGAAGAUGAUGGUGAAAUGAUCGCUAUCAAACUUUGGCUCCGGAUAGAAGAUGUUAAAAAGCUCAAAGGAAAAUACAAAGACAAUGAAGCCAUCGAAUUCUCUUUUGACCUGAAUAAAGAUGUCCCUGAAGAUGUGGCGCAGGAAAUGGUUGAGUCUGGCUAUGUUGCAGAGGGCGAUCAUAAGACCAUGACCAAGGCGAUCAAGGACCGUGUGUCUCUAAUCCGGAGGAAAAGGGAACAGAGACAACUGGUACGUGAAGAACAGGAGAAGAGGAAACUGGAAUUGGAACAACAACAACAAGAAACACCCAAACCAUCACACACACAGGUUGAAGCUGAAGAAACUGAAGUAGAUCAACAGCAAAUUCACUAUCACCAGAGGAGCCUCUCACUCAUCUCUGAAGGAGGUGGGGACAGCAGCCAGGGUUCUUCCCUUUUCUCCUCAGAUUCCCCUCACCUGGGUCAGCUGACCAUGUCAUACAGCUGCCCCCCCUCCUCCCAGCCCCCCACCCCCUACCCCCCUACUCCUUCCGCUGCCCCACAUCAACACCCAGUCUAUACCCAACCACCGCAACCAGUGCAGCAGCACUCAAUGCCGCACCCCUACAAUGGAGGAGCGAGCACAGGAGCAGCAGGAGGGGGUAUCCCCCUCCCGGAACCCCGUACUAUUUUCUUUCCCUCCAUCCCAGAGCGUCCCGUUUCCUUCUCACCUCCUCCCACCGGUCCCCCGAAGGCCUACAACACCCAGAGACGCAAGAGCACGUCCAUUCUUGAGGCUCAUACCCGACACUUCCAGCCUGCCUAUCCACGUUAUGGGAGCAGUCUGCACCCCUUUUCUGGCAUGGAGGGUGUGGAGAAUCCACCUGUCUUUAUGGUUAAUCCCAGUUUUGCAGGAGCUGCCCAAAGGCUUGGUGUUGCAGAGCACAUGCAUCUCCCAGGACAGUCUGACCGAAGUUUGUAUGGCUAUAAAGACAUGAGAGCAGAGCAUGAGGAGGUAGUGAGGAGGUUAAGUUUGAAUCAAGCAGCCCUGCUGGACCAUUAUGAAGCAAUGGCAUAUGGAGGAUACCCAAUGACUGCACAUCAGCUUGGCCAUUUAAGUUUCCAUCAGCAGAGACAAGCUGCAGCUGCUAGUUUGGGCUAUGAUCCUGGUCCUCCUCCUCAACCAGGGUUCUUGCACCCACAUAUGAUGCAAAGAAUUGCCACACAUGGCUCCGUUCCUCCACCUCUAUCUGCCAUGAGUGCUUCAGCUGGUGGUUCAGUUUCUUCUUCUUCAUCUGAUGGAUGCUAUCCUGCACCACAGCAUGCCUCCCCUUCUCCCUUCUCCAUAUCUACUCCUCCAGUAAUGGCUGAUAUGCCACCGCCUACCGGCAGUGUCUUUGAGUUCCAUUUAGCUGCAGCUGCUGCUGGUGAUCCAAACCUGUUGACAUCCAGAUUUUAUCGGGCCCGAAGGAGCUCCAUGGACCUUCCACUGGAAGACAAUGCUGGAACAAGUUCAGGAGGCUCGGGUUCUUACAGUCGUCUUCAGCCAGUUACAGAGGAACUGUAUACAUAUGUCAGUCCUGAGCUGCCUUUGCCUCCUGGAAACCUUCUCCUUCACCAUGCAGCCAUAGCUGCAAAGGACAGAAGCCCAGAACCUUCUAGUGACUCACUAACCUCCUCUGAUGCAGGUGAGUUCCAGUCACCUCCUCCCCCGCCUCUCCUACCUCAGUUUGACUCGUCAGCCGCCCAGUCCAUCCCUCACUUGUCCUCUAAAACUCUCUACGAAUCAGUGGGGCUACCUCCCAUAGAUCCCCAAGGACAUCCACCCUCCAUGCAGAGUUUUCUCCCUCCAACUCCGUCCACUGAGCCGCCAGUCGGGGGAGCAUCUUCAACUCAACUGGAGUCUCUGAUGCAGAAUGCCUGGGCCCGGCAUGGAGGAAUAGUACCAGCCCAGCCAGAUAUGACAUACCAUGAGUCAUUGCUGGCCAUGCAGGCCUCUAAUUCCACUCUGGUUCAGACCCCCACCCCACAGUCCACUCCAGUUCUCUCCAUGGCUCCUUCUACCUCGCAGCCAUCUCAACUUGGGACCUCCCAGCAGAUCAUUUUAACCAGUCAGCCGAGCAGUGCAUCCAUUCAGAGCCCCACACACACAUCUCUAACACAGGUGUCUGCACAGCCUAGUGUAACUCCGCCUACCUCUACCGUUUCCUCUUCUUUGUCGCCUCCCCUUACUGCGACCAUGCCAGCUUCUUCUCUGUCGCUCCCUGUUGGGACGGAGCCUACUGUUGUUUCUCCUCCUCCUCCUCCUGCGCUCACACCUGUGUUGGCCACCGUGGUGCCAAUCAUCAGUGUAGCUCCCGCCCCGCCCGAUGCCCCUCCCCAAGUACCUUUUUUUGGAGAGCCUGCAGAAUUGCCCCAUUCCCAACUCCAUCAACUUCAGUUGCUCUCAUCAAUGGAGAGUGGUCACUCUGAGACAUCAGGCCUGAGUGAUGGAAAUGAGGGAGGAGGGGGAGGUCGCCACGAAGGGCGUUCCACGAAGCGACACCAGAAGCGUUCCGUACGAAGCCGAUCACGCCACGAUAAAAUCUCCAAGGCGAAGCUCAAUGUUUUAAAUAUCUCCAACCGAGGGGACAGAGUGGCAGAGUGCCAGCUGGAGACGCACAACCGGAAGAUGGUGACGUUCAGGUUUGACCUGGAUGGAGACAACCCUGAAGAAAUAGCACAGAUUAUGAUCGAGAGUGAGUUCAUCCUGGAGAGCGAGAGGGAGUCAUUUAUAGAGCAAGUCCGAGAGGUGAUAGUGAAUGCUGAUGAGAAGGGCCUGGAGAAAGACACGAACGGCCAGAUGGCGAGUGGCAUGGAGCAGCAGAUUCCCGCUAUAUCUGUCCCCAUGCCAGACAUUUCUCCAAAUGCAACAGCACAGGUGGUCCAUUCAGCAGGUCGUAGGUUCAUUGUCAGCCCGGUUCCUGAAACCAGGCUGAAGGAACCCACCUAUCCCACCUGUUCUUCACCUGCACCUGGACCUACGUCUGAAACUGCACCAGCUUCACCUCAGACUCCUAGUUUGGGGCUGUCUCAGUCUGCUGGAGCAGUCAGUUUACAACAAGCCUUCUCGGAGCUCCAACAAAACCAGACUCUUACUGAUGCAGGGCCCAGCACCGCCCCAGCAUCCAUUCACUCCAGCCUUCCUCCUCUGCAGUCUCCAGCUUCCUCCACCCUUCCACCGACCAGCACAGCCACUGGAUCCUCUUCCACUGUGGAAGCUGCUGCUAAUUUAAACUGGGCACAGGAUCUGGUCUUGGAUGCAUUGUGUCCUCUUGCUUCUUCCUCCUCCACUCCUGUCUGUCUGAGCCCUCCUGGUUCUGCUUCCCCACCUCCUGCUGUGGUAAAUCAGCCCAGCCUUCAGUUACAGGCACCAUCACAGCCCGUUAUGCAGGUGGUCUCCCAACCACAGGGAGCCAUACAGGCACAGGGGCAAGCACAAAUCCAGCCCCAGGCUUUUGGUCAGGCUCACACCUCCCUCCUUCAGUCCCAAACCACAGAUUCUCCUGUUAGUGCUGCUUCAGUUCCUUCCAGCCUGUCCAACAUGCCUUCUACCCUCCUGCCACCCCUUUCUCCCACCCAGGCUGCUACAUCUGUGUUCUCGCCACCUUCCUUUUCCACCGUCAUAAACAGUGAAGUCACUUCUACUCAUCCCUCAGCCUCACUCACCUCCUCCUUUCUGCCUUCCAUCUCCUCAUCUGUCAUCCCCACAACCGUCGUCCCAGGCCCCCAGAUCACUCCCGCCGACUCUAUCCAAACUACUUCUGUAUCCCCCGUGCCCUCUGUGGGCCUCCAGCCGGUAACCACCACUGCUUCUUCAGUCCAACCGACUUUGGUCCACUCCCAGCCGCAGACAGCCGCCCUGCCUGGGCAAACGCACACGCAUUGCGGAGAAUGUGAUGCAAGGUGUGACAUGUCCACCGAGUCCCAGUGCAAAGCCGACGACAUCCACACACUGGACAAGAAGCUGCGGUCUCUCUUCAUGGACCUUGGUGGAGUGAUUCCCUCCAGUCAGGGAGAUCCUUCCAUUGCUGAACCUAUACCUGGGCCUUCUGCACCAGGAACCUCAUCUCCAGUGGGUCCCUGCUCAACCACCACCACCCCGUCUGCCACCAUACCUGGCUCCAUUCACACAACCAAUCCACCUCAGCCCCCCUCCAGCCUAGCACUGGGAUCACACGGUUCAUCUACCCCAACCCAGUGCCCUGGAACACCUGCUGGUACACCUGUACAGUCCGUCAUCCCCGCCUCAUCGUAUGGACAGUCCACUCCAUCCAAAACACCUUUGUCCAGAGUACAGGCUACAUCUCCUCCUUCAGAAAUACCACCAUCCUUCCCUGGAUCCUGUCUAACACAGUCCCAGCAGCCUUUAGAGGACCUGGAUGCUCAGCUGAGGAGAGCGCUGAGCCCAGAGACGGUUCCUGUCCUCGCACAUGCACAAGCCCAGCACAGCAGCACACCUUCAGUGGGACACCCAAUUCCAUUCUCACUGGAGGAAGAAAGAGUUGUCUCUCCUUGUCCACCACCAGGUGGAAUUAAACUGGGGAGAUUUCAGGUCUCCCGAGCUCCUGAAGAGUCUCUUGUCAGUCCCCCAGCACGCACAGAGUCCUCCUCCUCCACCUCCUCUUCCUCCUCCACUCUGUCCAGCCCUGAGAACACACUACACAAGGCCACCUUGUCUCCUCUGAGAGCAGCAGGAGAUGUCGUGGAUGGACUCCCAGGCCUUAUUCCCCAAAAGACACUGGGUGGGUCCCACCAGGCCUCCCCCUUCACCUCCCCCUGCCUGUCCCCCAAACCCACCACCACCAUAGGACGCUUCCAGGUCACCACCAACCCUGAGUCUCGCGUUGGUAGAUUCUCAGUCAGCCGUGCCCAGGAGCAGAGCCUCGAGCAUCAGCAGAGUCCCCCACCUGCAGCCCAGGCCACAAACGGACCCACCGACCCCGGCAGCUCCGCUCAUAAAGACUCCGUGCCGAGUCUGAGCAACAACUCCUUCAAUAACUCCUACUUCAGCAGCGACAACGACUCGGAAUUUGAGGAUGAAGAUUUCAAAAGAGAAAUCAACUGCCUCAGAGAAAAGCACAUGCGUGAGAUUCAGGCGCUCCACUCCCAACAGAAGGAGGAAAUAGACAAUCUCUUCACGAGGUUGGGAAAGGUUCCUCCAGCUGUCGCGCUCCCUCCAGCUGUAGCCUUGACUGGCAGGAGGCGGCGUCCCACCAAGAACAAAUCCUCCAAAUCAUCCAGAACCAGCUCCGCGCACGGCAGCAAGAGUCCGUUACAGCCAGGCAGCACUUUAUCCGCUCAGAGCGUGCCGGCUGUGUACCCCGGCCAGCCGGCCCUGCUCACCCCGGGAGGAUUAGCCGACUCACUCAGCAGCUCUGUCCUCGAGCCCCUCAAACCUUCUCCCUCCAGCGACAUCCUGUGCUCCACCUACACCAGCGAAGCGGCGCUCUCCGUGCCCAGCCUGUGCGCUCCCACCCCAGGCUGUGUAAAGUUCAGCUGGGGUUCCGAGCGUUUGGCGUUCAAGCCUGGCAGCAGGAGGACGCGCUUUCUGAGUACGCCCUGCUUGGCUCUUUGGAAGAUGGUGAAAAAAGUCUGCCCCUGCAACCAGCUCUGUAGGACCAACAGUACCAAUGCAGUGAGUGGUUCUGGUGCUUUGAGUCAGAGCCAAGGUGGUUCCCAGUGCCUGUCCUCCAACAUGUCAGCCUCCCACCAGAGGAAAGGAACCUUCACUGAUGACCUUCAUAAACUGGUGGAUAACUGGGCCAGAGAUGCCAUGAACCUCUCACAGGGCAAGAGGAGUGCCAAACAGCUGCCGCAGGCUCAGACACAGGGACACAGUUACGAGGUCGUCCAGUCUGCUAAUCUGAGCAGGAAGUACUCCGCUCCCGGACAGCUAUGUCCCAGCACCAUGGCAGGAUCUGCUCACCUUCCCCCAAACCCCACCACCGCUACCUCUGUGGACAUCCGCAAGGGAUCCUUGUGCCACACCGCUGCCUCCUCCACUCCCCCUCAGCCCCAGCCCCCCCAGUUCAUCCACUACACCCCAACACCCGCCUACAGUGCACAAUGGUCUGGUCCAGCUCACUGCCUGUCAAACCCGCACCAGGCCCUGGCACAGCCCAGCCCUCUCCUGGUCAGCACCUCCCACCCUUUGGGCCCUUACCCCCCCACAGUGGUUGGACAGGGACAGAUUCCCAUGCAAGGGCCACUCCAGGCUUUCCAUAUGACGAACACUCUGCAGAAAUCUGUCAGCAACCCAGGGGGACCCAACCUAAGGACCACAUAGGGCCGGGGGUGGAGGGCUGGCUGCAAGUGCAGCCCACAUAUAGACUGGAGUGGGACAGAUUAUCUGAAGAGGAUGGAGGAACUGCAGAAGUGUGGGAGAGAGAGAGAGAGAGAGAGAGAGAGAGAGAGAGAGAG